AUGGCCGAAAAACCUCUCCCCAGCGAGGUUUCCUCUGACGCCGAAACCCUGCCACUGCCUCUUCCUCCCCCUCCUCCCAAAGAUGGACGCCCUCCCUUUUCCUUGGGGCGAGAAGUCCUCUUCACCAGCACCCUGCUCACCUGCCAGAUCCUCGCGCAAGCAGGCAUGGGCCAGGGACUGGCCGUGCUGCACAUGAUCGGCGAUCACUUCCAUGUCACCGACAACGGCGAGCUCAGCUGGUACCUGGCCGCGUUCAGUCUCACGACGGGCACAUUCAUCCUGGUGGCUGGGCGGCUGGGCGACAUGUACGGCUCCAAGCCCAUCUUGAUCGGGGGGCUGGCCAUCUACGCGCUCUGGUCGUUUGUCGCGGGCGCCAGCUACUUCCUGCGCAGCUCCGACAAACUGUUCGUCAUUGCGCGUGCGUUGCAGGGGCUGGGGGCCUCGCUGAUGCUGCCCAACGCGGUGGCCAUCCUCGGCCGCACGUACCCCAUGGGCAAGCGCAAGAGCAUGGUCUUCAGCCUGUUCGGGGCGUUCGCCCCGGGGGGCUACAUGCUAGGCGCCCUGUUUACCGCCAUCCCCGCCCAGUUCGGCAUCUGGGCCUGGGCCUACUUCGCCAUGGGGUUCGCAUGUCUGCUGCUUGCUGCUGCUGCAGUCUUCACUCUCCCUCCGACACCUUCCAAGGCCAGUCCCGACGUGGGUGGGCUGGACUGGCCCGGCUUCGUGCUGGGGGUCUCCGGCCUGAUCCUGUUGAACGUGGCCUGGAACCAAGGUCCCACGGUGGGCUGGGCGACCCCCUACGUCUACGUACUGUUGAUCCUGGGCGUCCUCGCCCUCGGCGCCUUUGUGGUCGUGGAGAAGCGGGCGACGCGACCGCUGGUCCCCAUCCGCGCGCUGAACUGGCAUAUCGUCUUCGUGCUCGGGGCCAUCUUCCUGGGCUGGUCCUCCUUCAGCAUCUGGCUGUACUACCUGUGGCAGUUCCUAGAGAAGCUGCGCGACGUCUCGCCCCUACUGGCCACCGCGCAGAACAGCCCAUCUGCGGUGUCCGGGUUUGUGGCCUCCGUCGCGACGGGCCUGAUGAUCCACAAGGUCGGCGUGCCGGUGAUCAUGGUGCUGGCCAUGGUGGCGUUCUUGGUCGCGAACGUGCUGGUGGCCACCAUGCCCGUCCACCAGACCUACUGGACGCAGACCUUUUUCUCGGCCAUCAUCGUCCCCUGGGGCAUGGACAUGUCCUUUCCGGCGGCCAUGAUGAUGCUCUCCGCCGCCGUGCCGCGCGAGCACCAGGGCAUUGCCGCCAGUCUCUUGCUCACGACCAAUAACUACGCGAUGAGCAUCGGGCUGGGGAUUGCGGGCACCGUGCUGCGCUACACGACGGACGAGACGGAUCUGUUUGCUAUGUGUCGCCACGCGUGGUAUGUGGGGGUGGGGCUGAGUGCGCUGGGCGUGGUGGUUUCUGUAGGCUCGCUGUUCUACGAGCGGCGACAUCCGACACUGAAGCAUUGA